AUGUCAGGCGGAAAAGGAGGAGGUGGUGCAGGCGGAGUCGGAGGAGGUGGCGGUGGUGGGCGUGGUGGUGAUGGAGGUGUAAAAAAUGGCGGUCGUGGUGGAGCUGGAAAAUCGGAGAACGAAGAAAAACCAAGGCAAGGGGAAAAGAAAAAGGAUGAGAAAAACCCGAGGGAUGGAAAGGAUGGAGGAUCUGGACGUGGUGGCGAUGGAGGCGGUAAAGGAGGAGGUCGGGGAGGCGAGGGAGGAGGGCAGAAAUCGAAAACCCCCGAUGACAAAGAAACCAACGAUAAGAAAUAA